CUCGCGAGAAGAGUGUUUGGAAAUUCGGGAAAUUCCGCGAGCGUGCGCAGUUGACGUGUGUUGCUUAAUGUUUUUGUUUUAGCCUAGCUCUCUUGCUGUACCUAGCAGGUGAAGUGAAUACAAAAUGGAAACGUCAGGUCUGUUAGUUAAUGUUAUAUUUCUUCUUAUUGCCUCAGUUACGUGCACAGAGUCGUCGCCUAGGCAACUGAACACGGAAAACAUCCUGAUUAAUGUGACGGCUGGGACACUGGCGGACACACAGCUGCAGGACUCCAACAACUUGCAGAUCAAUUUAAACAUAUCGGUGGGCGAGGAGCAGGUGCUGGUCAAUGAUAUCCCAGUAGAGCUGUCGGGGGUCACCAGGUUCAACUGCCAAGCGCUUCUCUUAGACGGCAUCAAUGGCAGCAGCGAGUUUGAAUCUGGGGACUUGGUGUCCACUGUCACCCGGGUGAUGGUGAGCCAGAACCGGCUGUACAGCGACUCAGAGGAGGUGGUGGCUCUGCAGGUGUUCAGUGAAGUAAUAGAGAUGGAGGGCAAACAGGUCCAGCAGCCUGACAUGUGUGAGGUGAAAAUACUGAUGAGUCCAGAUUUCCAGAAGCUGGCUCAGUUUACCAACAUCUACCCCAUCGGACACAGCGAGAUCUUCAGGGUUCCCAGGGAGAACGAUGUGGUGGUCACUGACCCACCAAACCCUAGAAAAGACGAAGAACAGCUGAUCUCCCAGACCACUAGCCAGUACCCCCUGAAGCACACAGAGACCACCCAGGAGGAGAUCGCAGCGCCGGGAAAGCUCCCAGAGACUCCACUUCGUAUGGACCCCGACCUGCUGUAUGACGUCAGAUACGAUGAUGAGUUUGACGUCCAAGAGCCGAGCCAGCCGGAUCAGAUUCAGAUGGAAACUCCGCCCAAAGAAUUGUUAUCGUCGUACUCUGCCAUGUGUCAGUGGGUGGAGGAGGUGAGGGAGCGUCUCAGGCGCUUCAGCUCCGAGUCGCUGCCUCUUUUCUUCCUGGUGAUGUGGGUGGUGGUGAUCGGCGUUGUCGGGUCAGCGGUCAUCGUCAAGAUCUUGGACAUGUUCUUCCCAACUUGUGAACACAAACACAUUUUUCACCUAAACCCUGUCACUCUAAUGCCCGAGGAUGAGAAGCACACCCUGCUGGAGAACAUAGAAAUCGAGGCAGAAGAAGAAGAAGAGAAAAAGCCUUGAAUGAGGGAUGACUUAGCCAGCUCUUUUAUUUUCAGUUUGUUCUUAUUUGACCUCCAACCUUGGUUACCCUGUUACAUUUUCAGCAUGGCCUGGUUAUGUCGUUUGCUUAUAUUCCAAAUUUGCGAAGCAGUAGGUCGUGUCUCACUUCAGUUGACCCAGCCACGCAGCAGGAGGUCGUUCAAUGCCGUCAAAUGGACUCGGCCCACCUCAAAUUUAGUGGCGUGAUCGAAAUGGGAAAGAAAGCAAGUGACUCACAGUGCUGAAUCUCAACUUCCCCCUGUUGUGAUGUCAGCUGGGGAAGUGGGUCAACCUCUGAUUGGUCAGCUAGAGUUCACGAAAAGUCACUUUUAUCCAGUCACAAAUGACGAUGAAAGUUACGGUUACACUUUACCUUAAGGUACAGAAUCUACAUAAGAGUGACUUGACACUGUCAUGAAUGUGUCAUAAACAGUAUAAACAAGUUUUUGACGUGACAAUUCUUUUAGUAAAUCUCGGUUUUGUCAUUACAAGUUAUGGUUAGGGUUCAGGUGUCAUGACCGUGUCAUGUGUUCGUGACAGUGUCAUGUCACUCUUAUGUAGAGACCUUCAAGUAAAGUGUAACCCAAGUUACUAGAAAUGACCUAAUUGGGUACUUUUGCUUUACCCACGCCAUGUCCGUCAGACAGACAGCCUGCAUAAUGGAUAUCCUGUUUGUUUAACCUGUACCAAAAACAAAGUGUAAAAAAAAUAAGGAUUACGUUCCAGACUAUAUCUGGCACAGUGACUUCCUUGAGGCUUACCACGAGGUUGCCAGGCAUCCUGCAAAAUCCUCCAGGAAGUCUCUGCUUAAUCCUUCCAGCCAACGUCGGGCAAAGAAGGAAAUAAGCGUAGUUCCUAAACUGUCACACUACUCCUUUAAGACAACAUUCGCGAGACAUCCUCAAAGUGCUGAGGAACAGACGUAAGGAUAAAGAGGACACAGUAGACAAGCAGAUGUAGCUAUACGCUGUCGGCUCGACUAUUAAAUAUGAACAAACUGAACAUUUGAGGGACUGCAUCUGAUGCUUUAGAGUCUUUAUGUCCACUGUAGCAGCUCUCUGGUCACACUUUCUUCUCACACUGAAACAAAGGUUGUUUUUCUUACAAAUGAUACCCCACUGCAAGAAAACUAAGGCAGCAAAUGCACUAAAAUGACUUUGUUCAGUAUAUGUUUAGUGUAUGUAAUAUGAGGCAUCUCCGUCAUCCUUUUAAGUGAUACAUAAUUUUAAUUAGAACUGAAUUUUUGUUACAGAUAGGUUGAAUAAAAUAUGGUAAACCGAUGCAGAUAACUGUCUGUAAAAUGUAAUUACAAAUCUUGUGUCUGCACAUUUAAUGAAUACUGCCCCCCCCACCUCUCUUUUGAACUCUGAAUGUCAUAACAGAAAAAACACCUCCCACCUCCCUUUAAGGCCUGCUUUCCACUAAUGAGGCUCAUAUAUUGAUAUUGAUUGUCUUCUUUCACAGUGCCUCUGUGACUCUUUCUGGGACUUUCUCAGUAAACGGGGGGUGUUGUGAUUGAUUUAGAUCUUUAAUCGUGUGCGGAUGUGUUCCUGUCACUCAUAAUGGAGAAUGUGAACUAGGUUGUCUGUGCACUCUAAACGUACAGUAUCAGACAACUCCUCCUGAGACUGAUCUAAUCUGAUCUACGCGUGCACCAAACGGUCAUUGUGUAAAUUAUUGUCCAAGGCAAGAAUCUGCACUCAAUUUAGAAUCAUGGAGUACAAAAAAAAAACUGGACUGCAUGGAUGCUUAUUUUCUUUUUUUUGUGGUGAAUCGUAUGAUUUAUGGGCACAAAUGCCUUAAAUAACAAACGCCACUAUCACUCCCGAUGUUUUCCACGAGGCUGUGUGCGAGGGAUCAAGCAGCUGGACACAAGGCCGGCUGUAGGCCAAAAAAGUGGGUUUAAUUAAUCAAGAAACAAUAGUUUUAUUUUAAAAUGCACUUGUUUUGGAACACCCUCAGCUUGUACAGCUGAGGUGGUGAUUUUGUCCCCCCCCCCGCGGUUCAGUUAAUCUGCAGAAUGCAUGGUGUACUGCGCAGAAGGUGCAUGUGUAGCUAGUGAAUGCAGUUUGCUGUUCUUUCAGCGAGUUAAUCAUUAAAACAAGGAAGCUGCAUGAUGACUUAAAACAGCUCAACCUGUGUCAGCUUCAGUUUUAAAUUCCACAUUGGCUAACUCAGUACAACAAUAUGUCAGGCAUGGAUUCAUAUGUAAGACGACAAAUGUAGUUUGAUUUGCUCUUUGUUUAAAUGGGGGUAGACCCAUGUGUUACUAUUUUGAGCCAUUCGGUGCAGAAAUUACAGCUGGACUGUGUAUUUGGGUCUAAACUCUGAUUAAAUGCUUUCCU